GUGUGAAUGACGUUCGAGUCUCGAAUGAAUCAUUCCUGUAAUAUUUCUGCGAUUCACAAAUCACUCGGCUCACUUGGAAUCAUAACAAGGAAUCGUUUGAUUUAUACACUCAUUACAGCUAAUACGACAGUAUAUGGAUGAGAAGUGAUCAUAAAAAUGACAUAACUUGCCGCAUAGGAACUGCGAACUAGGAACGCCUUUAACUAGUAAACAAGUUACUUAAAAGUGCCGUUCAAACGAACCGAUACACUGCAUUGACUCGGCCUCCAGAGGUUUUUAUGAAUGGAGAGGAGGAGCGUGGUUCAGCCUGCAGUUCUCCAUUUUGUCCAACAGGGGGAGCGUCAUCUUUCAUCUUUCACUGCUUCUUUUCAGGAGCGUCCGAUCUUCAUUCGCGUUCUCACGUUAUCACUUCUUUAAUCGGCGGCCGAAUGACGCGGAACUGGUCGUUUAAGAUUAUUACACAUCUCCAAACAAUCUAACAAGCCUUCGACGAGAUUCAACAGAGCACCGUGAUGAAAUUCUCCCUUCGUCACGCAGGCGGACGGACCGAAGCUCCGCUGGAAAGCCAUUAGUGUUUAUGUGUGUAAAUACAAUAUAUCAUAGACUGUAAAAACCCGGAGCGAAUCAUGAACGCGCCGCUCGUGCCGUGCUGAAGUGGCGGCCGCGCGCGCUCUCUGUCGAGCUGAAAAACGGCGCGAGUCCUGCUUCUGUUGUUAGCCUGAACACUGCUAACGGGCCUAAAAGAGCCCGGUGUGAUCUCUGCAGUCCGGUUGAACAGCUGUCCGAGCUCCAGGAAGGUCCUCCAGCGGUGCAGAGCGCCGGAGAGUGGAUGAUGGCCGACCGCCUGAGCGCUGAGGAGGAGCAGGCCACAAAGCAGUUUUUGGAGGAGAUCAACAAAUGGACGUCUCAGCAUGGUGUGUCUCCGCUGUCCUGGGACGUGGCCGUAAAGUUUCUGAUGGCACGCAAGUUUGAUGUCCUACGAGCAAUCGAGCUUUUCCACAGUUACAGGGAGACUCGUCUUAGGGAAGGCAUCGUCAAACUGCAACCACACAAAGAGCCACUUCGCUCAGAGCUGCUGAGCGGAAAGUUCACUGUGUUGGGUGUCCGGGACCCGUCAGGAGCCUCCAUCGCCCUCUAUACGGCUAAACUGCACCAUCCCAGCAAAACCGGAAACCAUGUGGUUCUUCAGGCCCUUUUUUACCUGCUGGACCGAGCUGUGGAAAGCUUUGAGACUCAGAGAAAUGGACUGGUCUUCAUCUAUGACAUGGCUGGAUCCAACUACACUAACUUUGAGCUGGACCUCAGCAAAAAGAUCCUUAAUUUGCUCAAGGGUGCGUUUCCUGCGCGGCUGAAGAAAGUGCUCAUCGUCGGAGCUCCUGUGUGGUUCAGGGUCCCGUAUAACUUACUGAGUCUGUUACUGAAGGAGAAACUCAGAGAACGGGUUCAAAUGGUGAAGAUGGCCGAUCUGCGACAGCAUCUGCCCAGAGAUUGUUUACCCGAACACCUUGGCGGCUGUUUGCCUCUUGACGUCCACAACUGGAACCUGCAGCUGCUGUCAGAGCAGAACGGACGUGUGGAUCCUGUGGAUGAGCUUGUUGGGAUCCCGCUGGAGAACACGUCCAUACACACUCCAGGAGCUGAAGCCAUGAGUCUGGCUGAACUCAUGGCACACCUGAACCGGGCUCAGCGCAGCGGGAUCUACCUGGAGUACGAGGAGCUCCGGCGAGAGCAGCCGCCGGGAACGUUCACCUGCGCACUGGCUGCUCACAACCAGGAGCGCAAUCGCUAUGGUGACGUUCUGUGUCUGGAUCAGACUCGGGUGCGACUUAAAGCCAGGAGAAAUGAGAGAUCAGACUACAUAAACGCCAGCUUCAUGGAUGGAUACAAGCAGAAAAACGCAUAUAUUGGGACUCAGGGUCCUUUGGAGAAAACCUAUGGAGAUUUCUGGAGAAUGGUUUGGGAACAAAAUGUGCUCGUCAUUGUCAUGACAACAAGGACGGAUGAAGGGGGCCGCAGGAAGUGUGGACAGUACUGGCCUCAAGAGGAGGGCGGUCAGGAGGUGUACGGAUACAUCGCUGUGGUCAAUCACAGAGUGGACAACCACGCACAUUACAACCAGACCACACUGGAGCUGCACAACACUGAGACGUUUGAGCAGAGACAGGUGACUCAUUUCCAGUUCCUCAGCUGGCCUGAUUAUGGGGUCCCGUCCUCCGCAGUGUCUCUGAUCGACUUCCUGGGGGCCGUGAAGCACCAGCAGCAGUGGGCCGUCCAGGCAUUUGGCACACAGUGGAGAGGGCAUCCACUCGGCCCACCAAUGGUGGUCCACUGCAGCGCUGGCAUCGGCAGGACCGGUACAUUCUGUGCGCUGGACAUCUGCCUGUCGCAGCUGCAGGACGUCGGGACGCUUAACAUUUGCCAGACGGUCCGGCGAAUGAGAUCACAGCGUGCCUUCAGCAUACAAACACCCGAGCAGUACUACUUCUGCCACGCCGCCAUCCUCGAGCACGCUCAGAGACAGGGCCUGCUCUCAGCCAAUCAGUGAGCAGCAGGGCCCACUCGUAGCCAAUCAGAGACCGCACAGGACUGAUUACGACCAAUCAGUAAGAAGCAAGGCCUGCUGUCGUCCAAUCAUAAGACAGGGCUCGAUCACGACUCUUAGACUGGAUCGAAAUUGCUGGGUUUUUGAUUAAAACUCCACUAAUAAUAGAAUGGAAGCAGAAAUUGUUACCGUAAAUGAAAAUGGGGGUGUCUAAAUGUUUAAUGAUCCAAUUGUAGCGUACUGUAUGCAAUGUUGUGCCGCAUUUCCUGCAGUUUAUUCUGUGAAUUUUGUCCAGAAAUUCAUGUGAUGCUUCGCAUUCGCAAAACAAAAUUGGACAUUUCUGAGGUUAUUUUGUAAUACUGUAAGGGUUUUAAUUUCACGACAUCUCCAUACUCAAGUUUAAAAUUUGUCCUAAAAUACAUAUUACGUCUAUUUAGUCACCC